CGGAAUGCAUUAAUGCGUGAAGCUGCUUCCUUAUGUAAACACAGAAAUAUGAUUAUGGAGGCGCCGGUGGCAUCUGAUGGCGCGAUGUGUCAGGGAAUUACAGGUACCGGGCUGGCUCAGCGAAACGGUAAAAAUUCCUGACAGGUUGCUGAAAAGAGACCAGGACAGGCUGGAGGAAGCGGCGCGGCGCAAAGAGGCUAAAGAAAAGUUAUCCGUUUCAGAAGAAAAAAUAGAUUACUUCUCUAACACGUUUAACACAGAGAAGACUGUUGUCGAUCUGUCCAGAGGCCGAUCGUGACCGGGUUUUAGAAGGGCAACUCCAAGGAUGCAACAGCUUCAGAAGUUUCUGAAUGAUAGCACAGUGUUUCUUACACAAUAUGAGCUAAGGCAAGCGCAAGCAUCGUUACAGAAACUACAAUGCUCCUUAGAAGAAGUUAUCCCCAGUAAAAUAUUUGCCUUUCGGUCGCGCAACAUUGGAGCAAAUAAAAUAAAGUCACACAGCCUCGUGAUGACCCCGCAUCCACAAAUUCAGGCUGCAGUGAUGGUAGCUUGGCCGUGGUGUUGCGCAAAUCAAUGCGGUUUUUCCAACGCCCACUCGCAGGUUUUGACGAAGGGUGCGGACGAGAUCCACCAGCGAGACGUACUCCUUUCGCACCUGACAAAUUGUAAGAUGCGUUUGCUUGGGUCCCCGAGAACUUCGUACAUAAAUCAUGUCCGAGAUCCGGAAAUACUCUGUGGCCCGGUUUCCAGCUCUGUCUUCGUGGACCAGUGCACUGGCUGCACCCUUGCUUUCCAAUGGCAGCAGCUGAGAACCCACAACACCACAGAUACGGAGGUGUACCUUCACGUGACCAGCCGACCCAUCAUCGAGGACUGUCGACUGUUUAACUUGUCCGGGUUGGACAUCGAAAGAAACUAUUGGAACCAGGUGGACGAUUUCAACUGGCUCGCAGUGGGCACUCCGUCUCCGAACUGGACUGUCAUUCCUUAUUUAGCAAAGAAAUGCACUUGUAAAUGAUGAACACGAUAGACAGGAACGACUAUAGUUACGAUGUGACAUUGUUUUUGUCGCAUUCACGAUCUUACUUACAGUACUGCACUACUCCAAUCCUCUACCUCUAUUUGUAAAGCCUUGAGAGGGAAAAGCAAUUGUCUUUGACACUGGAUAAAGCGCUGAAUAUUUGGAUCUCCAAAAAUGCCAAUAUGAACUGACAACGGCCUCAUAAAAUCAAAAUCUAAUACCAAUUGUUAACAUGUCGUCAUAUAACCUAAACCAUUCUGGUAUAAACUGGGAUGCAAAUAUAGCAGAACAUGUGUAUCCUAUUGGUUAUUGUAAUGUAAGCAUUGCUGGUAGGCUAAUGAUUAACCAAGUUUGUGAUUUUCAUAAAGGAGCCUCUGUUUUCUUUUGAAGUAUAAUUAAAUCCAUGUGCUAUCAUUGCCUUGUGAAAAUUUGCCAUUACAAUCCUCUACUGUGGGAUAAUAAAACAUUGUGUGUGUAUGUUGUUAUGCAUUAAACCAAUUGCCAGAAAACUGAAAAAA